UUAUGAAUUUUAAUUAUUCAAGUUGCUUAAUUUAAUUUAUUUUUCAGUUUAAUCAUAUUGUAAAUCGCGAUUAAUCAACCAUCUUAUUAUUUAUUGUUGUGGCCAUUUAUUGUUUGCCGUUUGUUACUUAUCUGUGUAAGAAAUAUAUGAAAAUAUCAACUAUAAUAGUGUUAUAUCAGAUCUACCAAACGAUUCCAUAUCAUAAACAUCAAAAUAAUAUAUUUUGUUGCAAGAAAACCAUUAUAAUAUUUAUAUUCAUGGAACCGUUUUCGACUACUAGCAAAGAAAAUAUUAUUGAAGAAGUCGAUGUGUAUUUAUUUAAAAUGCCAGUUGAAUAUUCCCUUGGUCACUGUGUUUCAAAAGAUAUGCAUAUGAGUGCUGGUAUAGCUUCAUAUUUCAAAUCAGUAUUUGGUAGAGUUGGUGAAUUAAUGGAUCAAAGACCAGGUGUUGGUGAUGUAGCUUAUUUAAAAGUAAACGAUAGAUUCGUCUUUUAUUUAGUUACAAAAGAAUUAAAAUACCUAAAACCUACAUAUAAAACAUUAACUUCAGCAGUCAUAAAAUUACGGGAUCUAAUUGUUAAACAUAAUGUGAAAAAACUUGCACUUCCACGUAUAGGAUGCGGUCUUGACAAAUUAGAUUGGAAAGUCGUAAAACAAAUUCUUUAUGAUAAAUUUCAAGAUGCUGGAUGUAUGAUCAAAAUUUGUCACUUUACUCAUGAUAAAGAUGUAGAACGUAAAUCGUUUCGUAUAUUACAUCCACGUAUUCUAAAGACUACUAAAGAAAUAAAAAACAUUGGAAAAAGAGAAUUUGAAAAAUUAAAUUUUAUAUUAUACGCCUAUAGCACAACCACGCCAGUUUAUUGGGAUUACCGAUUUAAUCGGGUUAACGACAAGUAUAAUUUUAAGUCGCAAUACUUUAAAGAUUUCAAUAAUAAUCUAAUGGUAGGUGAAUGUCUGUACUACAGUACUAACGAGGCCCAUGUGUUUGUGAUUUUUGUCAAAGAACGUUUAUCAGAUAGCUUUUCGUACCAAAACUUAGAAAGCGGAUUGUUAAAAAUAAAAAACAUUAUUUACACUAAUCAAUGGCAUCCAACAUUCAUUGUCCAAGAAUUAGAAGAACCAGCAUUUGAAAGAACGGCCAAUCAAAAAAUUACGUCAUUAAUUAGUACAAUAUUCAUACCGUUAACUCCGUGUGUAAUUUUUGAAAAACGAGAAGACUUCUUAUUUACAAACUAAGUUAGAUUAAUACAAUGUUAGUCUAUAAUUUGUUUUAUUAUUUAUUUACAAAUGUAUUUGUAUUGGUAAUAGAAAAACGCUAUUAUGAAUGUAUAUAUUAAUUGUUUAAUGAUUAUUUAAAUUCUCAUAAUUUUUUUAAAUGAGAUACUUGUAUAAUAAAAAUGCCUUUUUAUAAAAAUUAGAAAGGUUAUUUACGCUUGGCUUGUUGACCUGACGCUCGUAAAACAGCACCUGGACUAGGAUACGGUCGCAUUUGAAAUAAUGGUCCUGAAGCGGUAGUGUCCACUCCUGACUUUGUG